CUCUUUACGUUCUCUUUCUCUCUCUACAGUUCGGGAAGGAGGAACGAUGGAUGCUUCUGUGAGAAUGCCGUAUUUCUUUGUUGAGGACGAUGGAUCAGAUUCUUUUCUGGAUGUGGAAGCUGGAUUUUCUGGAAACCAGUACAGCCAAUAUCCUCAUCUUUUCUUCCCCCGGCCGAGGAUUUGCCAUGGUGGCGCUCACCCUUGCGGUGGUUCCAGAAACAUCUCGAUUUCCUGCUCGAGCAUUUCUCCGAGGUUUUGCCGCGGGAGAUUUGAAGAUCAUCCUUACCGUUUCUUGGAAGCUUGUUUUCUCUGCAAGAAGGCGCUUAAUGAUGACAAAGACAUUUUCAUGUACAGGUUAGUUUUUCUUUUCCUUUUAUUCUUAUGA